GGCUGUGGGUUUAUUAAACUACUCGCUCUGUUAUAGGUUGGUCGAGUUGUUCUGAAGCCACCGCCGCCCGGAUUCGGGGAGGAUCGGACUGGGAGAGAGAGGUUUGGGAGUUCUGGAAGCUGCCGGGUUUUGCGACUACACUUCCCGGGGCUUGCUUGGAUAUCGUCGAUAUAUUUUUGUUUUUUGAGGGGGGGUGGGCGGAACUCUUUACACCUAGAGGGUGAAGUGGCGGGAUACUGCCGUGUGUGUGUCUGUCUGCAAAACACACACACACGCACCAACACUGGAUGGGGGAGUGAUUCCACGGAGCUGAAAUGAACAUCACGCACAACUUGGUAUUUCAAAGUGACUGGUAGAAAGCCGGGCUCCGUCUGCUCUGCUAGCACCGACUUCAUUCUCCCCGGGAAGGACAGGAAAAAAAGGAAAAUCAAGGAAUCCUUGUAUUUUUGAAGCGCUGCUGAAAACAUUUACUGUUCUAAGUUUGCCCACAUAUAUUCCUGGAGUGAGCUACCGCAAGGAGCGAAGACAGAAGAGAGAGAGAGAGGACGGAGCUAGAGGGAGUGUGUGUUUUCGCUUGUUCGUCUAUCGCUCUCUCUCAAGACAAGACUAGCCGCGGCCGGGAGAGGAGAGGAGGGCUCCCUCCAUCCAGCAAGUCGCGCUAUGCUCCGGCCCCGGUUGCUCCCCGGGCUGGCCGCUCUCAGUCUGGUUCUAUCCCUCGGCCUCUGUCACGCAGGUAAGUGCAACGUGCUUUAUCUUCCUAGUGUUUGCUAUGUGCUGUGGUAAUGAGAUAGCAAGGGAUUAUCUGGUGAACGGCAGUCUGCAUACUGAGCCGCGUUCCUGCAGGAUUGCGGAGAGGAUAAGGAUCUUGACGACUGCUCGGGACAGACUAUGGAGAUAUGCUGCCCGAGUCCUUUCCAUCAUCAGCUGCCGAGCCUCUGCCGCGGUUCCUGGUCGAGCCAAGCGAUGCCUACAUCGUAAAGAACAAACCAGUGGUGAUGGCAUGUACGGCCACCCCAGCCACACAGAUCUACUUCAAGUGCAACGGUGACUGGGUGCAUCAGAAGGACCACGUCACUGAGGAGAACGUGGAUGAAGUCACAGGGCUGGUCGUUCGGGAAGUUCACAUUGAGGUGUCCCGGCAACAGGUGGAGGAGCUGUUCGGUCUGGAAGACUUCUGGUGCCAGUGCGUUGCCUGGAGCGCCUCGGGUACGACCAAGAGCAGAAGAGCUUACGUCCGUAUUGCCUACCUGAGGAAGAACUUCGAGCAAGAGCCAUUGGGAACGGACGUAACGCUAGAACACGAGGUCCUCCUGCAGUGUCGUCCACCAGAGGGCAUCCCACCAGCAGAGGUGGAAUGGCUGAAGAAUGAUGACAUUAUCAAUCCGAUCCAAGACACCAACUUCCUCAUCACCAUUGACCACAACCUGAUCAUCAAACAAGCCCGCCUGUCCGACACAGCCAACUAUACCUGUGUGGCCAAGAACAUUGUUGCCAAGAGACGUAGUACCACCGCUACGGUGGUUGUAUACGUGAACGGAGGCUGGUCGACCUGGACAGAGUGGUCAUCGUGUAACAAUCGCUGCGGGCGAGGCUGGCAGAAGCGGACCAGGUCCUGCACCAACCCAGCGCCUCUCAACGGCGGGACCUUCUGCGAUGGGCAGACCUUUCAAAAGAUCGGAUGCACCACCAUGUGCCCAGUUGACGGGGGUUGGACGGGUUGGAGUAAGUGGUCUGCCUGCAAUACCGAUUGCACGCACUGGAGGAGCCGUGAGUGCACGGACCCGUCACCCAAAAACGGGGGCAAGGACUGCAUCGGGCCGGUCCUGGAGUCUAAAAACUGCACAGACGGGCGCUGCUUGCGGAAUAAAAAGCUAUUAAAUGAACCCAGAAACCCUACCGUGGAUUCGGCCGGCGACGUGGCUCUAUACGCGGGUCUGAUUGUCGCCGUCUUCAUCUUCGUGGUCAUCAUGCUGGUGCUUGGCAUCAUCGUGUACAAGCGGAGCUGCCGAGACUUUGACACCGACAUCACCGACUCCUCGGCUGCUCUCACCGGGGGCUUCCAGCCCGUCAACUUCAAGACAGCCCGGCAGGACAACUCCCAGCUGCUGGGCUCUUCGAUCCAACCCGACCUGACAGCCAACGCUGGGUCGUACCGAGGGCCGAUGUACACUCUGCAGGACACAGCUGACAAGAUACCCAUGACCAACUCGCCGCUCCUGGACGCCCUGCCCAGCUUGAAGAUCAAGGUGUACAAUUCCUCACUGGCCUCCUCCAUGCUGGUGGGUGGGAUGGAGCCAGCAGGGGGCGCAGCGCCCGGGAUAUAUCCAGGGAGCAACAGCAGGGACAACAAUGCGGUCAUGAACAUGAGGAACAAGGUUCUCAGCUCACAACAUGUUGGCACCAUGCCCCGAGAUCCAGGGUAUGGUGCCAGUGGGACCUUCGGCUGCCUGGGUGGACGACUAACGGUGCCUAAUUCAGGAGUCUGCCUUCUGGUGCCUCAAGGUGCAAUUCCGCAGGGCAAGUUUUACGAGAUGUACCUCAUCAUCAACAAGAGAGAAAAUACACUACCCCCGUCGGAAGGCUCCCAGACGGUGCUGAGCCCCAUGGUGACCUGCGGACCCACGGGGAUGCUGUUGUGUCGUCCCGUUGUACUCAGCAUCCCCCACUGUGCUGACGUCUGUGGACCAGACUGGACCAUUAAACUCAAGACGCAAACUCACCAAGCUGCCUGGGAGGAGGUGGUGACGUUGGAGGAGGAGAAUUUAAACACACCCUGCUACUGUCAGCUGGACACCCAAUCCUGCCACGUCCUCCUGGACCAACUUGGAACCUAUGCACUCGUUGGGGAAUCCAACUCCCGCGCCGCCAUUAAAAGGCUCCAACUGGCCAUCUUUGCACCCACAUCAUGUACAUCCCUCGAGUACUGCCUUAAAGUAUACUGUGUGGAGGAUACUCCGGAUGCUCUCAAGGAGGUGCUGGAACUGGAGAGGACAUUGGGCAGCUAUUUACUGGAGGAACCCAAGAGUCUGCUGUUCAAAGAUAGUUACCACAACCUCCGGCUUUCCAUCCAUGACAUUCCCCACUCCCUCUGGAGAAGCAAACUACUGGCCAAGUACCAGGAGAUUCCAUUUUACCACAUCUGGAGUGGAACUCAGAGAGCGUUGCAUUGCACCUUCUCCCUGGAGAGGUACAGUGUGGCAUCCACUGAAUUCUCAUGCAAGAUCUGUGUCCGACAAGUGGAAGGAGAAGGACAAAUAUUCCAGUUGCACACAGUCAUCGAAGAGAAUGCCAAAUGCGUCAGCCCACUCCACACACAUGUCAGUGCCAAUGUGACCACCCAGGUAGGCCCUUACGCCUUUAAGAUUCCAUACUCCAUCAGGCAGAAGAUCUGCACAAACCUGGACGCACCAAAUACCCGGGGCAAUGACUGGAGGUUGCUGGCUCAGAAGCUUGGAGUGGACAGAUUUCUCACCUACUUUGCAACCAAACUUAGUCCGACCGGGGUCAUCUUGGACUUGUGGGAAGCGCAGCACCAAGACGAUGGGGACAUCAAUUCCCUUGCCAGUGCCCUGGAGGAGAUGGGCAAGAGUGACGUGAUGGUGGUCAUAACAACAGAAGAAUGCUGAAACACAAAUAACCUUGGCAACUGAGUGAUGAAACACGAGCAUCUAUGGCAACAUGUUGUAGAAAUCAGUUUGCUGCUCAACUGAGCACCCGGCAAAUUAGGAAAGUAGUAUUUUUACAGAAGAGAGUGGUAUUGUCACGUUCAAUCUAGAUGAAGCCUCUCUCCGAUCCAAAGCUUUGGGCAGCUUGUAAAAGGUUAACAGUUUCUUAGGAAACGCAUUUAAUUUAUUAUCCAUAUCUUUGGAUGCUUUUUCGUUCGCUCCUAUAUUGAAACUUUGUGAGAACCCAAGGAGUUGUUUACAUACAUGGCAGUUGUAGACGUCACUCAAAUGCUGUUGAAGAGAAACCCAGCUGGAAUAUCACAGGAAGAGAAUGAGUCAGAUGCAGGCAGUAAGUAGUAAGAUCACGCAGGGCCAUCUCAUCUGCGCUCAAUUCAUUGCUCAAAGCUUUUCUCCCUCUCUCCCUCUCCCUCUCCCUCUAUCUCUCCCUCUAUCUCUAUCUCUAUCUCUAUCUCU